AUGCUUCUGAAAGAAAUGUUGAGGCAUGAAGUCAUGGCUAAAAUUUUACUCUAUUCAGAUUGUGAGCAAACCACUUUGGGAAUGGCUUGUGAUGCAAUUUCAAGUUGCAAAGCGUGCAAAAUCCGCUUCGACAGGUCAAAUUAUAAUGUGAUGAAUAAAUAUGUUUCAAACAAAGAUAACUUGAAAAUUUUGAUGAAAUUCUUAGAAGAUAGAUCUGAAAACAUUCAAUUCAAAGCGUUUCAUGUCUUCAACGUUCAAUCCUUUUGA